ACUUUUCAGCGUAGUGGUAAAGUUGUUAUUUGCAUCGCACGCACGACUCAAAGCGCGCACACGUACGCCUGCCAUUUGUGUGUGUGUGUGUGGGGGAGAGGUUAAAGAUGGUCAGAAAGUGGUCAAGCUAAUAUCGGCAGGCUGAUUUUUCUUUCUCAGGAAACAGGGAAGGAGAGCGGAUAACUGCGACAGACAACGCCGGUAACUAUCGGUGAAGACGCAGAGCAGUUAGCUUCAACCUUUCUGGCUGGCUGUUGCGCUACGAGACUGCGUCUGGCAGAAAGCCUAGCGUGAACAUCGAAAUGUGGGAACAGGAGGAAUUUGCAAAACACUGGAGGAAUGAGUUUCCCGACGGAGAAGUACCUCAAAUGCACUUGAACUCUGUGGAUGACAUCGAGUCGGAGCUGGAGACGUGCAAAUCCAACCUGAAGAGUCUUCAGAAGGCUCUGGCGGAGGAGAAAUUCAAGGUGAUCUACCUGCAGACCACCGUGGCUCGACGGAAACGAAACGACCCCGAAAGGUUUGAAGGCAAAGAUGAAAACUGCAAUGCAGACACGUUUGCCCUCUCUAACACGGAGAAUAUUAGGAAGCCGCUGCGGCGGGACGACGAGGGCGACGGGGUGAGGACCAAGGUGUGUGACUCCGGAGGCGCUAAGCUCCACGCGGCAGGUAAAACGGCGGGGGUCACCAGCUCCUUCGGGCGGCAACGGGGCCGGUUCAGCGGCAAGACAGGUAAGCCCGUCCCCAUCCCUGUCCCGCCACAGAAGCCCAGCUUCCAGAGAGGGAGCACGGCCCCUACCACCGUCUCUCGACCGAACGAUAACCAGGAGAGCAGCGACAGAGAAUACGAGGAUGCGGAGCUGAAUGAGAACUUCGUCAGGAAUAACCUGUUGGCACCAAAGACCGGCGGCAGGGACGGCCAGAGGACCAACCGGGACACCCGGCGGCCUUUCCGACACAGUAGGGACUUCGACUCCGGCGACGACGGCAGACUGUCCCCGUCCUUCCCACACAUUCACCGCAGAGCCUCGCGCGGCUCCGGAUGCAGCACCCCUGACAGGAGGAGUGAUGGGUACCUGAGCUCCGACCACGAAGACUCCUCUUCUGCAGAUUUUAACUACAACACAGAUGGCUAUGAGGCGGACGGGGCGGAGGACGGCAAGUCUCAGGAUGGUUCGGAGACGCUGCCCUACAUAGAUGAAUCGCCCACCAUGUCGCCCCAGCUGUGUGCUCCCCAAGGGCCCGAUGGAGGAACGGUCUCCCCCACACCACCUGAGGGUCUGCUGCCUGGGGGAGACAUAGAGAAAGGGCUGGAAAUGAAGAAACUGGUGCUGUCUGGUUUCUUGGCCAGUGAGGAGAUCUACAUUAACCAGCUGGAGGCUCUGCUACUGCCCAUGCGUCCUCUGAAAGCCACAGCCACAACCUCCCAGCCAGUGCUGACCAUCCAGCAGAUAGAGACGAUUUUCUACAAAAUCCAGGACAUCUUUGAGAUCCACAAGGAGUUCUACGACGCUCUCUUACCCAACAUCCAGCAGUGGGACGAAAAGGUCACUGUGGGACAUAUGUUCCAGAAGCUGGCCAGCCAGCUGGGUGUGUACAAGGCCUUUGUGGACAACUAUAAGGUGGCGCUAGAGACGGCAGAGAAAUGCAGCCAAGCCAACAGCCAAUUCCAGAAGAUAUCUGAGAACCUCAAAGUAAAAGGUCCUAAAGACUCCAAAGAUUGUACCACAACUAUUUCAAUGGAGGCUCUCCUUUACAAGCCAAUUGACCGUGUCACCAGAAGCACCCUGGUCCUUCACGACUUGCUGAAACAUACUCCCAAGGACCACCCGGACUUCCCGCUUCUGCAGGACGCUCUGCGGAUAUCUCAGAACUUCCUCUCUUCGAUCAAUGAGGAGAUCGACCCUCGCAGGACUGCUGUCACCACACCCAAGGGAGAGGCUCGUCAGCUGGUGAAGGAUGGCUUCCUGGUGGAGGUGUCCGAAAGCUCCCGGAAACUAAGGCACGUCUUCCUCUUCACCGAUCUGCUGCUCUGUGCCAAGAUGAAGAAGACAGCUGUGGGUCGUCACCAGCAGUAUGAGUGCAAGUGGUACAUCCCUCUGGCAGACUUGACUUUCCAGACCCUGGAUGACUCCGAUUCUUGCCCCAGCAUCCAAGUCCUGCCUGAGCAUGAGCUCGAGGAGAUGAAGAUCAAGAUCUCUGUCUUAAAGAAUGAGAUACAGAAAGAGAAGAAAGCACCGAAGGGACAAAGCCGCGUGGAGCGUCUGAGGAAGAAGAUGAAUGAGCAGGAGUCAUGGCUGCUCACGCAUUCCCCCACCAUCCCCUUCCGCAUCCACAACAAACACGGAAAGAGCUACCUGUUUCUCCUCUCCUCUGACUAUGAGAGGUCAGAGUGGAGGGAGAGCAUCCAGAAACUCCAGAAGAAAGAUCUCCAAGCAUGUGUAUUAAGUUCUGUGGAGCUCCAGGUCCUGACCAGCUCCUGUUUCAAACUCCGGACCGUCCACAACAUUCCUGUCACCAGCAACAAAGAUGAUGAGGAGACUCCUGGCCUGUACGGCUUUCUGCAUGUAAUCGUCCACUCUGCCAAAGGAUUCAAAGAGUCAGCCAAUCUAUACUGCACCCUUGAAGUGGACUCAUAUGGAUACUUUGUCAGCAAGGCCAAGACCCGAGUCUUCAGAGACACCACAGAGCCACAGUGGAACGAAGAGUUUGAAAUUGAGUUGGAGGGCUCCCAGCACCUGCGGAUCCUGUGUUACGAGAAGUGUUACGACAAAAGCAUGCUUAACAAGGACGACAACGAAAUUGUGGACAAGAUCAUGGGCAAAGGGCAGGUCCAGCUGGAUCCUCAGACAGUGCAGUCCAAGAACUGGCACAUGGACGUCAUAGAGAUGAACGGGAUCAAAGUGGAAUUCUCAAUGAAGUUUACGAGUCGCGACCUUAGCUUGAAGAGAACGCCGUCCAAAAAACAGAGUGGGGUGUUUGGAGUCAAAAUCAACGUGGUGACAAAGCGCGAACGCUCCAAGGUGCCUUACAUAGUCCGUCAGUGCAUUGAGGAGGUGGAGAAGAGGGGGAUUGACGAAGUAGGAAUCUACAGGAUCUCAGGGGUGGCCACUGAUAUCCAGGCCCUCAAAGCAGCGUUUGACACCAAUACCAAAGAUAUCCUGGUGAUGCUAAGUGACAUGGACAUUAACGCCAUCGCGGGGACGCUUAAGCUGUACUUCAGGGAGCUGCCGGAGCCUCUACUCACCGACCGCCUCUACCCCGCCUUCAUGGAGGGCAUAGCGCUCUCAGACCCAGCAGCCAAGGAGAACUGCAUGAUGCACCUCCUGCGCACCCUGCCGGACCCCAACCUCAUGACCUUCCUUACUCUGCUGGAGCACCUCAAACGGGUGGCUGAGAAGGAGCCCAUCAACAAGAUGUCCCUCCAUAACCUGGCCACCGUGUUUGGCCCCACUCUGCUCAGGCCCUCAGAGUCAGAGAACACAAAGGGACAGCAUAUCACCUCCGCCUCCGACAUCUGGUCACAUGACGUCAUGGCACAGCAGCUGGUGGUCGGACAGCUGCAGGUACCUGUUCAGCCCCAAAACUUCCAGAGCAGCAGGUGGAACAACCUGAAGGAGGUCUACUCUCAGUUUCUCAAGAUUUUUAACUAA